GAAUCCCUCUGACAGCUGCCAGGUCCCACGCAUUUUUGCGUUUGAGCAGGAUGACCUAAAUAUGUCGGAAACAAUACAAUCGAAAGAGACGGAAGAAGCCAAUCAUGAUCAAGACGCCGGUGAUGAUGCAGACAAGGAGCCGCGCGUGCGCCGUAUCGACAACAAUCUGAGAGAGGGAAGCGGCGUGAAGGGCGGCGAAGUGACUGAAGAGGCAAACACGCAAGGAAUGGCAAGACCUGGAGCUGAUUAUGAGUGGCAGGGUCGUAAUGGUCGCCACGACCGCCACGACUAUGUAGGCAAUGAUGAUAUGAGUGAAGCGGAAAGUGCUGGAAGAUUGAGUGGAUCGGCUCUCGUUGACUCAUGCUUGAAAAUACUUUACGAUCGAGGCUUUGAUGCUGAUGCACAAUUGGAGGACUCGGAUGACGAGUUUGCUGAAAUGGGACAAGAUAGUUGGGAGCAGGAAAUGACAAGAAGCGGUGAUCUUGCAGGUGAAGGACAAGAUGUUAACAGACCCGCUGGAUACGUCACGACCAACAAGCAACCAUCACGCAACGCAUCAUCUCACGCAUCUAAUGCCAUCCAUCCAGCUGGUUACGGAGUGAUGAGCAGCUUACCACCCGAUCUGAUGCGACCGAUGGAAGAAAUGGCGCCAAGACAGCAACCGCAGCAAGCAUAUCGAGAUAACCGCACUGGAAGUCGUUCACCUGCACACGAGUUAGAUGUGGAGAGAUACCACAACGGUCAGAGACAACAACCUCAAUACCGUGAAGCUGUGAAUGGCUAUCCAUAUGACCCGUACUAUGACGACUACAGCGACCCAGACAGUCCGGUGAAGAAGCGUGAUCCUCGUUAUCAACAGACGUAUGGACGACGAGACAGCGAGAGCAGUGGGCAUGACUCUAUUCGUAAGCCGAGCUUGAGUUCGUAUGAAGAUCAUUCGAGUGAGUGGAGCGACCAGGGAACGGGAAAACGGACAGGCAAACAGUAUGAUGCAACAGACAUGGAGGACGAACGAUUUGAGCAUGAACCCAACCUUCAGGAGGUCAUUGAAUAUCUCAACUCGGACGACUACAGACGAGUUGCACAUGCUGCUGGUUACCUACAGCAUCUCUCAUACAAGAAUGAUGCAAUGAAGGCAAGAAUCAGAAGUCUUGGUGCCAUUCCCAUUCUGAUUGAUCUACUGCGAGGCAGUCACCUUGAAGUUUCUCACGCUGCAGCUGGCGUGCUACGCAAUCUGUGUUACGGCAGGGCAAAUGAUGACAACAAGCUUGCUGUGUGUGCUGAAGGAGGAUUUCCUGCUCUAGUACAGUUACUGAUCAAAGCACAUUCGAUAGAGGUGAAGGAACUCGUAUGCAGCGUACUGUGGAACAUCUCAUCAUACGAACCAUUGAAAGAAGACUUACUGAAUGACGCACUGGAAGUGUUGAGUCAGACUGUGAUAGUACCCGAAUGUGGCUUGCAGGCAGGUUUUCAACUGACAAGCAAUGUGGUUGGAGAGCUCACUAACACAGUCUUACUCAGGAAUGCAACGGGAGUUUUACGAAAUUUGUCUUCGGCCAGUGAUCAAGCUCGAAUAAGGAUGAGAGAUUGUGGUGACUUGGUGGAUGCGUUGUUGUACACGAUCAUGUCGGCAGAGGGAACAGCUGAUGUUGACUCAAAGACAGUCGAGAAUUGUGUUUGUAUCCUUCGAAAUCUUUCCUACCGUUUGGAAAACGAAAUUCUCCCUCAGCUAGCAUCCGAAGUUGUAGACGAGGAAUGGGAGCGAGCGCAGGCACAAGAGAGAACACAAUACGAAGCAGAAAAGAAGAAAAAGGGAAAGUCGUCAACAGGAUGCUUCGGAUCAAGUAAGCCUCGACGCAAGAAGACAAGUGCAAGCGAAAGAGGCAGAAUCGGCACUCAUCUUGAUCAGUCGGGAUUCGGUGGAUCUCAACUGUGGUUGGACUCUACAAGCAGCCGACCAAAACGAACACAAGCCGUCUACGGACAGGCAAUGCUGUGGCAACCAGAGGUUAUCCUACCAUAUCUGAUGCUACUGAAAGACUCAUCGAACAACGUGACUCUGGAAGCAGCCGCAGGUGCCUUACAGAACCUCAGUGCUGGAAACUGGAAGUGGUCUGCGUUCAUACGAAAUGCUAUCAGGAAGGAAAAGGGUUUGCCCAUUCUUAUUGAGCUGCUGCAGCUGCCUCAUGAUACCGUUGUGAGAUCGGUAGCUACUGCACUGAGAAACAUGGCUGUCGAUCCGAGAAACAAAGAACUGAUUGGAUUGAAUGGAAUGAAACGGCUGUUGUCUCUAUUGCCGGGCAGCAACAGCACACAACUAUCGAACAACACGAUUGCUGCCGUUCUGUGCACGAUACAGGAAGUGAUUACAAGGAAUCCAGAGAAUGCAAGAUUGAUGAAAGGUAUGCAAGGCAUUCAGAGAAUCGUUAGUCUUGCAAAGUCACAGCAAGAGUAUCUACCAAAAGUCGUACAGACUGCCAAUCAGAUCUGUAUAACUCUAAACAAUGUGAAAGACUUGCGUGUGAUUCUCAAGAAGGAAGGUUGGAACGUGAACGACUUCCAGUCGAGCGUAAUGACGGAUUACGACGAUGGAGCAGCAGCAGCAGCCGUUCCCAAUCCUGACGUUGCGCCUGCUCAAAGCCUGAAACGUCACGCAUCAACAUACAGCCAAUACAGAGAGAGGGGAUCAAGAGGAGACAAGGGGCAGUCACCAGCAUCAGGAAUAGACGAUCAAGAAGGCAUGAACGCGGAGCAAAGCAACGGCAAACUACCGAACGCUCAUGAUCAUGCAUCUCGCGCACAAAUACAAUACAAACACCGAGAUUCGUAUGAAGCACCGGUAGCAUCCGCACGUGAAGGUUUCCCUGAAGACAUGGUCGGUCUCUACCCGCCGUACAGCUACAGCAACAGACAGAGAGAGACAGAAGGUCAGACGGAGAGAUACCGACGACACCAAGACCACGGAUACCAACCGGACGACAGACGAAGACAAGACGUAACGGAGGAAGGCGAACCAAUGGAUGACGACACGUGGGUGUGAGGUGAGGUACAUCAUGAUGGAAGUCAAUGUAAAGGCCGCACGCUGAACGUAUUAAUUUGUGUAAUAUUUUAUGAUUCAAUGCGUGACAGACACAUUGCAAGGUAUGGUAAAUGAGACUAUAGUAGAGUAUGGUAUGGUAAGACAGUCGACGCACACGCAUUUUGGUUUCUAUGACACACAUGAUUAGUGGCGUAGCUUUGUAACAACAUGCUGUAGUCAGGUGUUAUACUAUGAGCACUUCUCUGUAGUGGAAGGUUUGUUUGCUCAGUUGAAUUUAUCUAAAGAGUUCUUUGAGAUCGAA